AUGGGAACGGGGCCUGGUUUCUUCUGAUGCAGCAGUGUGACAACUCCUCCACAACAGAGCUCCGUGGCUCGCUCACAGACCUCUGAAAGGCCACGGCACCCCGCCAGGCCACCCCUGACCGGGAGGCUGCGUGACCAGUCGCCGCUGCUGCUCGCACACCGCUGCCGGGAAGCCCGGUUCGAUUUUGUUAUGUCUUCCAGGCACAAAACCGCCUUCCGACCGCCGCCGCCCAGCGGCUUUGGCAGCAGCUUUCUCGCUCUUCUUACCCCAGGCCCGAGACGCACCAACCCCCCGCCGGCCGGGCCGCAGGCGCCGCCGAGCCUGGCUGCCCUCCCGGGCCGGGCCCUCCCAGCCCGCCGGGGCGCGCCCGUCACCCUCAUAGCCGCCGCGCUCUCCGCUGCGGCCCCGCCUUACUCCCCUCCUCCUGCGCGGGGGCAGGCCUGCCGGAGCGGCGGGCCGCGGCGCGCCAUGGCCGGGCCGGCGGCGCCGCCGGUCACGCAGCAGGUGGGCCGCGCAUGGGGCCGCGGGCAGCGGCAGGAGGCGGUGGAGCUGCGGGAGGCCGCCCGCUGCCUGGUGGUGGACGCGGACGGGAGGAGCGUCCCCUUCAAGGCCCUGUACGGGGAGCAAAAAGCGAUCGUGGUGUUCGUGCGGAAUUUUUUAUGUUACACCUGUAAGGAGUAUGUAGAAGACCUGGCAAAGGUCCCCAAGGCGUUUUUACAAGAAGCAAAUGUGAGGCUUAUAGUUAUUGGACAGUCAUCUUACCAUCACAUCAAGCCCUUUUGCAGUUUAACUGGGUAUACACAUGAAAUGUAUGUAGAUCCACAAAGGGAAAUUUAUAAAACACUUGGCAUGAAAAGAGGUGAAGGUAGUAACAUAUCAGUGCGGAGCCCUCACGUAAAAUCAAACACACUCCUGGGAAGCAUUAGGAGUGUGUGGAGGGCAAUGACUGGCCCAGCUUUUGAUUUUCAAGGAGACCCUGCUCAGCAGGGAGGAGCUUUGAUUUUAGGCCCAGGCAAUGAAGUUCAUUUUUUUCAUCUUGAUAAAAACAGGCUGGAUCAUGUUCCCAUUAAUACAGUUUUGCAGCUGGCAGGCGUUAAACCAGUAAAUUUCACAAACAAGCCCCAGAUUAUUGACAUAUGACACUGACACAAGAUACAAAUUUUUUAAUUUGUGCUCCUCAAGAACAAUUCCCACAAGCGUUGGUACCAUUGUGUCUUUACAUGACAUCUGAAACCUUUGUCUAAAAAAUGAGAGCACAGAACAAAUUAGCUGGCAGUGAAGAUGGACACAAAGUGGUAUUUCUGUUGCGUAUAGGAUAACAAAAACUAAAACACAGCUGAGGCUUAUUGCAAAAAAUCCUGUAUCUUAUUAUUUCCUCAUCAAACAAUUUUGCUAAUGUAUUUUAAAAAUCUUUGUUCAAGAUGCACCAAACUAAAAAAUCUGGUUUUGCUCAGGAAGAACUUGGGAUUCUUGCUUUCAGCGGAUCACACAGGCUUUCAAUCCAAUACUUGCCAGCAAUGUUUCAAAACUUCUAGCACUGUGUGGUCUUGUAUUAAAAUAAACCUUGAAAAAUCAGUUUUGAAUACUGGGACUUCAGCUUCUGCCUACUUUUGUAUCUGUCGCAGACAUUAUGAAAUGCAUUUUAUAGUUUUAAAUAAAUACUUUAAAUACA